GAACCAGCACUCAGUUCCACAGGAGCCACAACGCAGACUGGGAAACAUGGGUCUGAAGCUGCUUGAGUCCAGACUUUGUCUCCUGCUGCUGAUGGGACUUGUCUUAAUGCUUGUCUCAAGCCAGGAACCAACCCCUUCCCAGAAGUUUGAAAUCCAGCAUAUCUAUAAGAGCGCCUAUCCCCGAUGUGAUGAUGCAAUGCGGAUUGUUAACAAGAUUAAAAAAACCUGUAAGAACCUGAAUACUUUUCUUCAUACAACUUUUGCUGAUGUUGUCCAUGUGUGUGGCAAUGCAAAUACCACUUGCAAAGAUGGGAUAAGUACAAAUUGUCAUAAUAGUUCAUCUCAGGUUAAUAUAACUGUCUGUGACCUCAAAAAAAAUGAAAGUGUAUAUCCUCAAUGCAGUUACUAUAUGAGAAAAUCAGUGAAGUUCUACAGAGUGGCCUGUGACAGGAGAACUCCACGGGACAGUCCCAUCUAUCCAGUGGUUCCGGUUCACUUGGAUAAGACAUUUUAGCUCCAGGGUCAGCACUUUGUACCUUCUCUCAUCUGCUAAUGCCCAGAUCAUCGUGGUGAAGAACUAAUUCCUGUCUGUGCUGCAAAUCAGCACCUGUCCUCCUGAAACCUGACCCUGACUCCCUUUAAUUUACCUGAACAGAUCUCUUGUAAUCA